GGGCGGACCACGCCGGAGGAGCGCUUCCGCUGAACGCGCGCAAUUCCGGCUGCGUGGAACCAAUGAAAGCGCGGCGCGGUGUUCCCUUCGCUAGCUUCCGGGCCGAGGUUGUCUGCUGGAGGACAGGGGCGGUUUGGCCUGCGGGGCCUGACGACAGCAAUGGUGUCAGAGGUCUCCAUUUAGAUCAACAGCUCCAACUUGUCGCCAUGGACGCGUCUGAGAAGACGGACGUGGUUCUUCUGGCCUGUGGCUCUUUCAAUCCCAUCACCAACAUGCACCUCAGGCUGUUUGAGCUGGGCAAGGACUACAUGAAUGCAACAGGAAAAUACAGAGUUGUCAAAGGUAUAAUUUCACCUGUUGGCGAUGCGUACAGGAAGAAAGGCCUCAUCCCUGCCCACCACCGAGUUAUCAUGGCAGAACUUGCCACCAAGAAUUCCCACUGGGUGGAAGUGGACACGUGGGAAAGUCUUCAGAAGGAGUGGGUGGAGACUGUGAAGGUGCUCAGACACCACCAGGAGAAACUGGCAGCUGGCAGCUGUGAUCACCCACAAAGUUCACCUUCGCUGGACAGGCCUGGGCGGAAGAGGAAGUGGGCUGAACAAAAACAGGAUUCUAGUCCAAAGAAUCCCCAAGAGUCCAAACCAACAGGUGUACCCAGGGUGAAAUUGCUGUGUGGGGCAGAUUUGCUGGAAUCCUUUAGUGUGCCCAACUUGUGGAAGAUCGAGGACAUCACGCAAAUUGUAGCCAACUAUGGGCUCAUAUGUAUCACGCGGGCCGGCAGUGAUGCUCAGAAAUUCAUCUAUGAGUCCGAUGUGCUGUGGAGAUACCAGAGCAACAUCCACCUGGUGGAUGAAUGGAUCACCAAUGACAUCUCAUCCACUAAGAUCCGGAGAGCUCUCAGAAGGGGCCAGAGCAUCCGCUACUUGGUGCCGGACCUUGUCCAAGAGUACAUAGAAAAGCAUGACCUGUACAGCUCCGAGAGCGAGGAUAGGAAUGUUGGGGUCAUUCUGGCUCCUCUGCAGAGGAACGCUGCUGAGGCUAAGCACAGCAGUUCCACAGCAUGAAGCUGUGCUUGACAUCAGAUGCUCUUGUGGAGCUCAGAACAACCCAGUAUUAGUAACUCAGGGAGGAACUGCCGUCCUGUUCCAUAAGCUGAAGUUCAAAGGUUUGAUUAAAAACUAACAGGAAAUUCAGAUCAGUUGCCAAGGUCAGUGUUUUAGAUACGGCCACUAAAAAAAGAAUAAUUUCUCUUUAAAAUAACAGCUGAUCCACUAAUACGAAAUCUCAGUCAUGUUUACUCUAAAUAAGUUUUCUAAGAACGGACACCAUGGCUCUACCACGCAAGAGAAGCAGAUGUGAAAGCAAAUUCAUUCAAAACCCUCCUUUUAGGGUCUGGAGAGAUGGCCCAGAGGUUGAGAGCAUGCGAUGUUCUUCCAGGGGGCCCAGAUUCAGUUCCCAGCAGCCACAUGGCAGCUCCCAACUGUCUGUAACUAACUCCAGAUUCAAGAGAUCUGAUGUCCUCUCUGGCCUCCGUGGGCUCCAGGCACAUGCACAAGACAUACAUGCACAAGAACACCCACACACAGAAGAAGAAAAGUCUCACUUCAGCCAGGUCAGUGAUGCAUACCUGAGACUCCAGCUGUUCUAGGGGUGACAUGAGAAUCACUUUGAACCCAGGAGUUUGAGAUGACUCUAGACGACAUAGACCCUUCCUAAGAAACAAAAUCCUAGCUUUAGCUAUGAAGAGACCUGACAUGCUGUUGGUGCUUGGUGCCAGCCAUCUUUACCCAGGAUAGACAAAGGAAGGGAUUCUUUAAAACAUCACCUUGGCUGGGGCUGUAGCUCAGUUGGUAGAGCACUUGCCCAGCAGGCCUGAGGCCCUGGGUUAAAUUACCACACAGCUGGGCAUGGCAGUACACACCUGUGAUUCAGGUGCUCGAGAACAAGCAGAAGGAGCAAAUGUUCAACGUCAUCCUGGACGGCCUGCAAGUGUGAGACCAUCAAGGGAUGCUGGAGACCCUGUCUCUAUGUAAAUAAAAUAAGUGAUCCUGUAAAAUGACCAGUGACCAGUGGUUCUCCAGCUCUGCAAAAUGAAGGUUGUGAGUACACCCUGAAGAAGUCAGACUGUACCACAGUUUUACUUGCUCCACAAGCGAGAUGGUGCCAUGGACAAAGGUACCUGCUGCCAAGUCUUACAACCUGAGUUCAAACCCCAGGACCCACACAGUAGAACUAGAGAACCCAUUCCUAAAUGGUAGCUGACCUGCACGAGAGAAAUAAAACCAAGCUGGUGAAGCUUUGUCCGGGUGUAGCUGUUUGAAACCCUCCUUUGGAGGCAGGGGGUAGGGACAGGGACAGGCUCUGCUUCAAGUGUCGUCAAGUGUCGUCUCAGCAAAGCUUCGCUGCUGACUCUUCACCGUUCUUUUUAACUCAGGGACAAAGAUAAUGUCUCAGUGCCUUUAAGAAAAUCUCAAAGAGCUGGGCAGUGCUGGUGCACGCCUUUAAUCCCAGCACUCAGGAGGCUCCGUAGAGAAAUCCUGUCUCAAAAAACAACAAAUAAAUGAAGGUGAAGAACAUUCAUACUUUCAACCAG